AUGGGGCAGGAUCAAUAUAACGUUGUUCUAAUCUUUGAUAGCGGGAGUGCUGUCUGCAGGAGGUUUUUGGAGAUCCCGGCCGCGACGAGAGCCUUUGUAUUUGAGCUGCUGGGCUUUAAGCAUGAUGUUGAGUUGGAAGACGACGUCGACGAGCAGCAGCGAUCGCUGCCGCCACGUAGGACAAGGGGCCGGCGCAUUGUCAUCGAAGAGGACAGUGAUUUUGAAAACGACGCGUUUGGGAUCGAGGAGGAUGAUGAUGAGGAAGAGGAGUUUGGGAUUGAAGAGAGGAGGGGAAAUGGGGGAGGAGAGGAGAUGGAUGUUGUUGGGAAAGCGUUGAGGAAGUGCGCGAGGAUUUCGGCGGAACUGAGGAAGGAAUUGUACGGAUCGUCUUCGGCGACGACGGAGAGGUACGCGGAGGUGGAGGCUUCUUCGGCGGCGAGGAUAGUCACUCAGGAGGAUGUGAAUGCGGCCUGCAUGAGCGAGGAUUCAGAGUUUGAGCCUUUGCUGAAGCCUUAUCAGCUUGUUGGAGUUAAUUUUUUGCUGCUGUUGUAUAGGAAAAACAUCGGUGGAGCCAUCUUGGCGGAUGAAAUGGGGCUUGGCAAAACAGUACAGGCCGUGACAUAUUUAACCCUUCUUAAACACUUGGACAAUGACUCAGGUCCUCAUCUGAUUGUUUGCCCAGCUUCAGUAUUAGAGAAUUGGGAAAGAGAAUUAAAAAAAUGGUGUCCAUCAUUUUCUGUCAUCUUAUUUCAUGGAGCUGGAAGAAACAUGUACUCAAAGGAAUUGAGCUCCCUAGGCAAAGCUGGCCUGCCUCCUCCGUUCAAUGUGCUGCUAGUUUGCUACUCACUUUUUGAGAGGCGCAGUGGACAGCAAAAAGAUGAUCGUAAGGUGUUGAAGCGGUGGCAAUGGGGCUCUGUGCUAAUGGAUGAAGCGCAUGUGAUGAAGGACAAAAAUAGCUACCGUUGGAAAAAUUUGAUGUCUGUUGCUAAAAAUGCAAGGCAACGCCUGAUGUUGACUGGGACGCCACUUCAAAAUGAUUUGCAUGAAUUGUGGUCGCUGUUGGAAUUUAUGAUGCCUGAUAUUUUUGCAACUGGGGAUAUUGAUCUGAAAAAAGUACUGAAUGCAGAAGAUAGUGAUUUGAUUCAACGGAUAAAAUCCAUUCUCGGUCCAUUCAUUUUGAGGCGAUUGAAAUCAGAUGUUAUGCAGCAACUGGUUCCUAAAAUUCAGAAUGUUCGAUAUGUUGUGAUGGGCAGAGAACAAUCUGAGGUGUAUAGGGAUGCCAUAGAGGAAUACCGUGCAGCCUCUAAAGCUCGUUUGGAAAAAUCCUCAACUGGAUUGUCUGGCAAUGCUGUCAAGUUUCUUCCUAAACGUCAGAUAUCCAACUAUUUUACGCAGUUUCGUAAGAUUGCAAAUCAUCCGUUACUGGUGAGGCAAAUCUACACUGAUAAGGAUGUUGUUCGCAUUGGUAAAAUGUUGUAUCCAAAAGGCGCAUUUGGAUUUGAGUGUACAGUAGAAAAGGCAAUCCAAGAGCUUAAAACGUACAAUGAUUUCUCAAUUCACCGGCUACUAGUUUUAUACGGUGACACGGGUGUAAAAGGAGCUCGAGCUCUCACAGAUGACCAUGUUCUGGGGUCGGCAAAAUGUCAGGCUUUAGCUGAGCUAUUGCCUCUUUUAAGCAACAGCGGUCACAGAGUUCUAAUAUUUAGCCAGUGGACCCAAAUGCUUGAUAUUCUUGAGUGGACACUGGAGGUCAUAGGUGUUACAUACAAACGCCUUGAUGGCAGUACUCAAGUAACGGAGAGGCAAACAAUAGUUGAUACCUUCAACAAUGAUCCUUCUAUCAUGGCAUGCUUGCUUUCAACAAGAGCUGGAGGGCAGGGUCUGAACUUGAUAGGAGCUGACACAGUCAUCAUACAUGAUAUGGAUUUUAACCCUCAGAUGGAUCGGCAGGCUGAAGACCGUUGUCAUCGUAUAGGUCAAAAUAAACCCGUUACGAUCUAUAGGCUUGUAACCAAAGACACCGUAGAUGAGAACAUAUAUGAGAUCGCGAGGAGGAAGCUGGUCUUGGAUGCUGCAGUAUUGGAGUCUGGAACGGAGUUGGAUGAUAACAAUGAUGUACCAGAGAAGACUAUGGGAGAGAUCCUCUCGGCUCUUCUUCUUGUGUGAAUUACAACCUCAGUAUCCUACAGGAAGCCAUGCCGAUGGCAGUUGUUUUUUUUGACAUGAUUAUUGAGUAACUGCUGGUGAUUUAUAUAAUCUCAGCAUUCUAAAGGCAGUUGUGUUGUGGCUGCGGAUAUGCUCGAAAGAGUAGAGCUAUCUUAAAUCCAGCCAACCAGGAGCAUCACUUUCAGCUGUUUUCAUCGCGAUAGAAGCACUGGCAAUGGAGUGGCUUCAAGAUUUUGGAGGAAUGUAUUAUACUUAACUGCGGCGUACUUGCAAUAUUUCAUCGCGUAAGGUGGACGCCUUUUAUGAAUAUUUAAGUUUAAACAAAAAAAAGUAGAAUAGAAGCUGGAUACCCUUUUACAAGAAUAACAUAUGAUGUAGAGAAAAAGUCGUAAUUUUGCGGGUAUUUGCAAUUGCCUGCUGCGAGGUUUAUGAGCCUGGGCGAAAGAUGUACUCUUUUAAUGUGUUCUUGUUUGUAAUAGCUGCUGUACUGGUAACUUUGGAUAUCAUAUGAACAGCCACUGCAAAAGAGCACAUUAAAGAGAAGAAAAGUUGUUACAGCCAAGCAUUUUAUGUACAUUUUGUUCCUCUUUUAA